AUGCAGCAAACUCACAAGCAGACACAUGAGGGGACGGACAUCGUUCAUCUCCCCCGAAUUCUCCGCCUCAUCAACCGUCCCGACUACUUCCACCGCUUCACCCGGCGGAUCCUCCACGAACAGGAGCAGCAAGACUUCCGCACCAAAUUCUCCCUCCUACCGCCAUCGUCUGGCGCAGAAAAAGCUGGGCUCAAUACGAUAACGCCAGAUAUGGCGCGCUGGCUGGCAGGCCGCUUCGCGGCAAAAGAGGCAGCACGUAAGGCUGCUCCGGCCGGCGCAGCGUCCCUCGGAUGGAAGGAUGUUAUUGUUAGGGUUGGUGAGGCUGAUAAGGGUAGACCGGAGAUUGUGUACUUGGAUCCCUUGGGUUGUGGAGAAAGUGGCGAAGGCAGAGUAGGCAAGCUGUCUAUCUCGCAUGAUGGGGAUUAUGUGGUUGCUACGGUGCUUGCGGCUGGUUGA